AAUACCUUAUUAGGUAUGAAGUCAAAGAGCUUAGAGAUUCCUUUGCGGGACACGGAUGAAGUUAUUGAACUUGACUUGGAACAAUUGCCGGAGGGAGAAGAGAUUCUUGGAAUCCUGCGGACUGAAAAUGUUCCUUUACACAUCUGGCUUACUUUAGCAAAGCAUUAUUAUAAGCAGGAAAAAAUGCAUGACUUUGUGCUGCUUCUUGAAAACUGUCAUAAAGAUGCUGCAACUGACUACCGCGAGCAGGAGAAAGAUAAAAUGCUUGCCUUGGAUACUUUGGCUGCUCAUUAUGUAAGUCUCGGCAGAAAAGAGAAAAAUAAAGAAGCCAGAAAGAAACACUUUGGAAAAGCUACCUCCUUGUACACACAAGCUGAUAAGAUCAUUAUGUAUGACCAAAACCAUUUGGUUGGUAGGGCUCACUUUUGCCUUCUUGAGGGUGACAAGACAGAUCAGGCAGAUGCUCAGUUCAACUUUGUGUUGGCUAAAUCAGAGAAACACAUUGCAGCUAAUAUGGGUAAAGCCUGUAUUUUGUUCAAUAAGAAAGAUUACAAAGGUGCAUUGGGACACUUCAAAAAGGCACUAAAAGGCAAUGACAACUGCCCUGCUUCAGUUCGUUUAGGCAUGGGGCUAUGCUUUUAUAGACUUGGGAACACAGAGAAAGCCCAGAUUGCUUUUGAGCGUGCCUUGGAACUUGAUCCAAGGAGCACUGGUUCGUUGAUUGGUUUAGCAAUACUGCAUUUGAAUUCUGGUGACAAAGAUAAGCUGAUCAAAGGAGUAAAACUUUUGUCACAAGCUUAUGGUAUAGACUCUGCUAAUUCAAUGACUUUGAACCACCUUGCCAAUCAUUUCUUCUUCAAAAAAGACUAUCAAAAAGUUCAGCAUUUAGCCCAGCAUUCGUUGCAAGGAACUGAGGUUGAGGUGAUUCGGGCAGAGAGUUGCUAUCAGUUGGCUCGAUCAUAUCACAAUCAGCAGAAAUAUGACCAAGCAUUUCAGUACUAUUAUCAGUCCACUCAGUUUGCUUCCCCAUCAUAUGUUUUACCACACUUUGGGUUGGGGCAAAUGUACAUAUUCAGAGAAGACUAUGCAAAUGCUGCACUAUGCUUUGAAAAGGUGUUGAAGAUUCAGCCUAACAACAACGAAACAAUGAAAAUAUUGGGCAGUCUGUACAGUCAAAGUGACGACAGUGACAAAAGAGAUCAAGCAAAGAUUCUCCUUCAAAAGGUGACAACUCAAUGUCCUGAAGAUAUUGAGGCAUGGAUUGAACUUGGCGGUAUCCUACAAAACAGUGACGUGACAGAAGCAUUGAACGCUUACAACACUGCUGCCCAGAUCAUUAGGGAUAACGUCCAUGUAGAUGUCCCUCCUGAGAUACUCAAUAAUAUUGCUUCUUGUUUGUUUCAGCUGGGAAAAUAUGAGGAGUGUCUGCAACACUACGAAACAGCACUGGAUUACUGCAAGAGAGAGCUGCAGAAUGACGAGGCUUACCUGAGCGCUAUAACAGUCACUAUAACUUACAACUUAGCCAGGCUCUACGAAGCCCUUCACGAGUUCGGAAAGGCGGAGGAUUUGUACAAGGCAGUGCUUAAAGAGCAUCCCAACUACCUUGACUGUUACCUGAGGCUGGGAUGUAUAGCACGAGAUAGGGAGCAGAUAUUUGAGGCUAGUAACUGGUUCAAAGAUGCCCUUCAGAUAAACCAGGAUAACGCUGAUGCUUGGACGUUGAUCGGAAACCUCCACAUUUCAAAACAAGAAUGGGGCCCAGGCCAGAAGAAGUUUGAAAGGAUUAUUAAGACGACCAAUGAUAAAGAUUCUUACUCUAUCCUCGCCAUAGGUAAUGUGUGGCUGCAGAUGCUUUACCAGCCAACCCGGGACAGGGACAAGGAGCAAAAGUACCAGGAGCGGGCCCUGGCCUUCUUUAAACAGGUGCUACGACAGGAUCCAAGGAACAUGUACGCGGCUAACGGUAUUGGCUGUGUGCUUGCUGUCAAGGGACACAUUCGGGAGGCGCGGGACGUCUUUGCACAGGUACGAGAAGCUACAGCGGAAAUGCCGGACGUGUGGAUUAACCUGGCCCACAUCUACAUUGAACAGAAACAAUACGUGUCUGCCAUACAGAUGUACGAAAACUGUCUAAAGAAGUUCUACAGCUACCAGAACGUGGAGAUCCUGUUGUACCUGGCUCGUGCUCACUUUGUGUGUGGCAAGUUGGAGGAGACUCGGCGCAUUCUUCUUCAAGCCCGCCAUAUGGCUCCUCAGGAUAAUUUAAUACUGUUCAACUUGUCGUACGUGUUACGUCAUCUCGCUACAAAUACACUUCGUGACGAAAAGAGCGGGCUGGAGGAUGUAGUGAGUGCCGUGAGGAAUUUGGAGCUUGCGCAGCGCUUCUUCACUAUGCUCAGUAAAGCAACAGAAAGACAGAAGUACGACAUGAACCAUGCCGGGGCGGAAGCGCGGCAGUGUACUGAUCUGCUGUCCCAGGCGCAGUACCACGUGGCACGUGCACGUAAACUUGACGACGAACAGCGAGCUAUCAGAAUGCAACAGGACAAGGCAAAGCAGGAGAGCGAGAACAAGAAAAGAGAAGUGCGGGAACGCCUGGAAAAAGAAAAAGAGGAUAAGCACAAAGCAAUGUUGGUACAGCGUGAAGAAUUCCGUGAAAAAGCCAAGAACAUUCUUAUGUUUGCUGACGAACCUGAACCACCACGAGCUCCUAAAGGACGAAGGAAGAAGGAUGAUGAACCACUAUACAGCAGCGGAGAAGCUUCUUCAGAUCCAGAUAAGGAUGAUGGGCUGAAUGAGGAAGAGAAAGAAAAGAAAAAGAAAGAUAAGGCAGAGAAAAAAGAGAAGAAGAAGCAGGCUCGAGCAGAUAAGAAGAAAGCUAGAAAGGAGAGGGAACGAAAGAGACAACAACACGAGAAAGAAGAAAAGUCCGGUAAAUACACGAGCAAGGCGUUUAUCUCCUCAGAUUCUGACGGAGGUGAGGAUGGUGACGAUGCAGAACCGGUUGCUGUGGAGAACCAGUCACCGGUCAAGGCAGCUCCAAUCAGCACGGGACUACUGGACAGUGAUAGUAGCGAUUUAGACGAGAGCCCUAGGAAGAAAGCAGCAAAGACCCGUAAACGCAAGCGCUUCUCUGAUUCGGAAGAUGACUCAGAUGUACGUGACGAGAUUGGAAAGGAUGAGGAAGAGGAGGAGAAGAAGGAGACGAGCUUGACUAAGAUUAGUGAUAUCAGUGAAGAUGACGCUCCUCCUGCGGAAACUACCGUUGUAAAAGCUGUGAAUAAGAACCCAAUUAUUGAUGAUUCAGACAGCGAAAAUGAUAAAGAUUUAGGAGGCGAAGGUCUGGAAACAGAAACAAUGGAAAGCCAAGGUUUAGAAACAGAAACAAUGGAAAGUCAAGGUUUAGAAACAGAAACAAUGGAAAGUCAAGGUUUGGAAACAGAAACAAUGGAAAGUCAACCAGCGGAAGAAGAAACCAACAUGCCAGUUUCUGAAACUGUAUUCGAAGAAAAGCCGUCUGAUGAUGAAGAGGAGGAAGAUGAGAAAAGUUCGGAGAAGAAGAAAGUUUCUUCCGACGACUCAGAUAAUCCGGGGCGGAAAUCAAAGUCAGAAAAACGAAGAAAAGGCGACGAAAAGAAGAAAUCAGACUCAAAGAAGAAGAAAAAGUUUGAUUCUUCAGAUUUAAGCUCUAAUUCGGAUGAUGAAGCGUUGGUAGAGAAACGAAAAUCGAAAAAGAAAAGCAAAACUUCGGAAGAUAAGAAAUCAAAGAAAAAAUCUUCAAAAAUGUCUGAUAGUGAGAGUGAUGCUCGAUCGAAGGCCCGAAAGAAGAAAAGAAAAGACUCUUCCUCAGCACUCAGCUUAAGUAGUGACAGCGACUCCGAGGAUGCAAAGAAGAAACAUAGAUCAAAGAAGAAGAAGUCCGACAAAAACAAAAAAUCUGACAAAAGCAAGUCAUCGAAAUCCAAGAAAGAUAAGAAACGCUCUAAGAAAGUUGUUGAUAGCCUCUCCUCGGAUUCUAGUUCAUAGAAUCAUGUGACAUAUUACAUGUGACAUAUUACAUGUGACAUAUUACAUGUGACAUAUCACAUGUGACAUAUUACAUGUGACAUAUUACAUGUGACAUAUUACAUGUGACAUAUCACAUGUGACAUAUUACAUGUGACAUAUUACAUGUGACAUAUUACAUGUGACAUAUCACAUGUGACAUAUUACAUGUGACAUAUUACAUGUGACAUUUUACAUGUGACAUAUUACCUGUGACAUAUUACAUGUGACAUAUUACAUGUGACAUAUUACAUGUGAAAUAUUACAUGUGACAUAUUACAUGUGACAUAUUACAUGUGACAUAUUACAUGUGACAUAUUACAUGUGACAUAUUACAUGUGACAUAUCACAUGUGACAUAUUACAUGUGACAUAUUACAUGUGACAUAUUACAUGUGACAUAUUACCUGUGACAUAUUACAUGUGACAUAUUAACAUUUUAUAACGAUUUAAUAUGGACAUUUUUGAAGCAUGAUGACAAAUGGUUUAUAAUGUUUGUGGCAAAUUUAUAAGAAUAACUGUUGAUGUUUUUUUAAUCAUAAUCACUAGUAAUAUUAUCUUAUUGACCGACCUUCAGCUUUUGCCACAAAUCAAACAUGUUUAACUGAAAAUUAUAUCUUAUUUUAAAUCAAA